UUUUUCCUGCCCACCCAGUGGUAGCUGCGUGGUUGUGCUCGGUUGUGCUACAUAACGUCACAUACGCUUGAAACUAAUUGUUGUUUUAAACAAGAUUGGAAGUGUCUUAACAUCAUAAUGUCGUACCCAACUGAAGAACCCGAGGACUAUGACCCUUAUUCCUACACAAAUGAGGAUUAUCUCCAUACUGGUGACCCUAAAGCUGACCUAGCCUAUGAGCGCCAGUACGAGCAGCAGACCUACCACGUUAUCCCCGAGGUGAUUAAAAACUUCCUCCAGUACUUCCACAAGACUAUCUCAGACCUCAUUGACCAGAAGGUGUACGAGCUGCAGGCGAACCGUGUGUCAAGUGAGAGCAUCGAGCAGAAGAUCUACGAAAUCCAAGAUGUCUAUGAGAAUAGCUGGAACAAGCUGACUGACCGCUUCUUCAAGACAUCCCCCUGGCCAGAGGCUGAGGCCAUCGCUUCCCUUGUCGGAAAUGAUGCUGUAUUCCUGAUUCUGUAUAAGGAGUUGUACUACAGACACAUCUACGCCAAAGUCAGCGGUGGACCCACCCUUGACCAGAGAUUUGAGUCUUACUACAAUUACUGCAACCUCUUCAACUACAUUCUAAAUGCAGAUGGGCCCGCCCCCUUGGAGCUGCCCAACCAGUGGCUUUGGGACAUUAUUGAUGAGUUCAUUUAUCAGUUCCAGUCAUUCAGCCAGUAUCGCUGUAAGACGGCCAAAAAGUCAGAGGAGGAAAUUGAGUUCCUGAGGAACAACCCCAAGAUCUGGAACGUCCAUAGUGUCCUCAAUGUUCUCCACUCACUCGUUGACAAGAGCAACAUCAACCGUCAGCUGGAGGUCUACACCAGUGGAGGCGAUCCAGAGAGUGUGGCUGGGGAGUAUGGUCGUCACUCCCUCUAUAAGAUGCUGGGAUACUUCAGCCUGGUGGGGCUGCUGAGGCUGCAUUCUCUCCUGGGGGACUACUACCAGGCUAUCAAAGUACUGGAAAACAUCGAGCUCAACAAGAAGAGUAUGUACUCCCGUGUGCCUGAGUGCCAGAUCACCACCUACUACUACGUGGGCUUUGCCUAUCUGAUGAUGAGGAGGUACCAGGACGCCAUCCGUGUCUUUGCCAACAUCCUUCUUUACAUUCAGAGGACCAGGAACAUGUUCCAGAGGUCCACCUACAAAUAUGAGAUGAUCAACAAGCAGAACGAGCAGAUGCACGGGUUGCUAGCCAUCGCCCUUACCAUGUACCCCAUGCGCAUUGAUGAGAGCAUCCACACCCAGCUCAGGGAGAAGUAUGGUGACAAGAUGCUUCGCAUGCAGAAGGGAGAUCUGCAGGUGUUUGAGGAGCUAUUCAGCUUUGCCUGUCCCAAGUUCCUGUCCCCUGUGGUGCCCAACUAUGACAACGUACACCCUAACUACCACAAGGAGCCCUUCCAGCAGCAGCUCAAGGUGUUUGCAGAAGAGGUGCAGCAGCAAGCCCAGCUCUCUACCAUCCGCAGUUUCCUGAAGCUCUACACCACCAUGCCGGUGGCCAAGCUGGCAGGCUUCCUGGACAUGACGGAGCAGGAGUUCCGCAUUCAGCUGCUGGUCUUCAAACACAAGAUGAAGAACUUGGUGUGGACCAGUGGAAUCUCAGCCUUGGACGGAGAAUUCCAGUCCGCCUCCGAAGUUGACUUUUACAUAGACAAGGACAUGAUCCACAUCGCAGACACCAAGGUGGCCCGUCGCUACGGAGACUUCUUUAUCAGACAGAUACACAAAUUUGAGGAGUUGAACCGAACACUUAAGAAGAUGUCCGUUACUGGAGCCAGCACAACUGCCACAGCUACCGCCGCCGCAGCCACCCGGGCCACAUGAGUCUGACCUUAGAGACAGGUAGACCAGGUGUUGGGGCUGAUAGCCAAUCUAUUCCAAGGCUCUUUAAAAUCUGAUGAACGAUCGAUAACACUUUUUCUAUGUACUGCGAAAACAAUAAAAGAUCAGGUGUUGUGGUAAA